ACUCCGGGAGUGGUUGGUCUCGAGGAAGUGAACGGCGCCGCCGGGGAGUCUGUCAACCUCACCUGCGCCUGCAGCUGUACCUCCGCUUUUCUCCCAGCCUGGCGGACGCUGACUCGAAGGGUGACAGUUGACGUUCGCAAGAUUGUCAUGGCCUACCCGGGAUACGGAGGAGGGCUUGGAAAUUUUGGCAAUCAGAUGCAAAUGGGACAGCCAAUGCCAGGAACAGGGCCAGCUGUGCUCCCUGGUGGAUACCCUCCAAGCCCAGCUUAUCCGGACAGUUACUCCUCAGCGGGAGACCCCAUGUGGACAUACUUCACUGCUGUUGCUGACCAGGAUGGUGAAGUGGAUGCUGAAGAACUUCAGAAAUGUUUAACACAGUCUGGAAUUAGUGGAACUUUUUCUCCCUUCAGUUUGGAAACCUGCAGAAUUAUGAUUGCCAUGUUGGAUAGAGAUAACACAGGAAAAAUGGGAUUUAAUGAAUUCAAAGAACUUUGGGCAGCUAUUAAUGCCUGGAAGCAAAAUUUCAUAACUGUUGAUAAAGACGGAAGUGGUACAGUAGAGCAUCAUGAAUUGAAUCAAGCCAUUGCUGCUAUGGGUUAUAGGUUGAGUCCUCAAACAUUAACUGCUAUCGUUAAACGUUAUAGCAAGAAUGGCAGAAUUUUCUUUGAUGAUUAUGUUGCUUGCUGUGUGAAGCUUCGAGCAUUGACAGAUUUCUUUAGGAGAAGAGACCACUUGCAACAAGGGGUUGUGCGUUUCAUAUAUCAUGAUUUUUUGCAGGGUACUAUGGCAAUUUGAAAGUCUAGAAUUUGAAGGCUGAAGAAAUACUGUGAAUUUCUCUGCUUGGAAGAAAUGAACUGAACUACUUUGAAUUAAAGCUUUUGGGGCUUUUCCAUGUUCCUGUCUGUUAAAUCUCUUCUCUUUCUAUGUGUUUUUACUUUAGCUCACCAUGCAAAGCAGUAAAAGAGAUGUUUUUGUAUUUGUAAUAGUUAUAUAAAUUUAUAACUUUAGAGAUAUCUGCAUAAUAAAUAUUGGUAUAUGAUUAAGUGAUAUAAAUACCUCUUUUAAUUUUCUUUCUUACUUACAAAAUAGAUUAUAUAAGAAGCCAAAUGAUGAAAGCCUAGAUAAGACUAAUUUAUACUUACCUGAAGGUUACAAAUUAUACUUGGAAAUUUUGUUUGUAGUUGUUGCUAUUUGAGGGUGAGCCAGAAGGGGAAGCCUAGAUUUUGCACCAUCUUUGUAAUAGGGUUUGUUCUUUCAUCACAUAAUCAGAGAACAGAAACUCAUGAGUCUUUGCUUGUGAAGAAGAAAAUCGUAGUUCCUAAAAUUUUAUCUUAAAUCACCUUAGGUGAACCAUAAGUUAAACUAUGGUGAUAAUAAAACUACAGGAGGCAUUGUUUUUCCUUUUUAAAUUUUUUGCAGUAUAUAUUUUCCUUCAAUAUGUUUUAUUGUCUUCUGUGGAAAAAAAUUCUUAAUAAACAUAACUUUUUUCUCUGCACUUUAUAGGUAACCUAAAAUGGCAUCUUUUUCUAAAUCUAGAUUUUCUGGAAAUGACGUAUUUUUAAUGAAAUGUCAAUAUUUAAAUUUGUCCUUUUAAACUAAGUUGUUUAUACAUAAUGCUGUUAACUGUUUAGAAAGUUUAAAAAACUCCAGUAAUCUACCACUUUGUUUAAAUGUUCAGAAAUUAUAAGUUUGACUUUCUUGACAACAUUAGCCAGUGAUUUUGGCAUUAGUAAACCAGUAGGUCUUUACCACUAAGUGUAAUGUGGGUCCUAAGCAUGGUAGGCAUCAUGGAAGCAUUUCUGAGUGCUGUUACUACAAAAAUUGCAAAGUGGAGUCACCAGGUCCUUAGCAUUUAAGAUUUCUGGUAUAAGCUGCUGCAGUUAAUCCAGUCCCUUUCUGAGCAAACACCCCGAAGUCUUUCUUAAUGAAGUUUUAAUAAACCACAUUUUUUUCUUACACUUUAACUGAAUAUCUUCCAGCUUAAAGGUGCAAAUGGCAUAAUUUUAAUAUGGCUCAUGACCAAAUUAAUAUAUAGUUUUUCAUUAAAAAAUUUUUCAUUAAAAAUGG